AUGCAGGCUGGCGCAAGGAGAGAAGACAGCCUUGGAAGGGACAUCAAGGUUGACAUUGAGGACCUGUUGAGCACCCGCGAGGCGUCUACGAUCGGCAUCAGCUCGUUUGACGUGCCGUUUGAUCAGCUGGAGCUGGAUCGAACCUGCGACUUUCUCAUCGAGACUGUGCAGCUCAACGAUGGCUUUGAAGACCCCACGCCAGUGGUUGACUUGCCGGGAAAAGGGCGGGUGAAGCUUCCACGCGUACCAACUACGUCGGCUGAGCUGGAGCAUACGCCGAGCAAGUAUCCUGGGCCCUUCAACUUCCAGCUUCAGUUUAUCGACGAUAGCGGCGGCAAACCCGUUCCUCGCGCCACCCCAUUCACGUACUCGCCACAAGCACAACGCCUCUUUGUGCAAAUGAACCACAAAGUGCCCUUCAGAUUCUCCAUCUCAGAUCGUGUUCCCAACGGCACGUGGUUGCGCAUCAGGACCCGCUUCACCCAGCCGGAGUUCCGCAACCGACAAGAUUGA